GAGGGGAGCUGAAAUACCGAAGUUACCCCUCUCCGAGCUAAAACCCUUUCUAAAGCCCUUUUGUCUCUCACUAGCUCACUCAUCAACCUCUCUUUCCUCUCUCAAGUGGCGGUAACUUAGGGUUAGGGUUUUUGAGGUGAAGAUGGUGGCGGCUGACAAAGGGAAGAAGGCCAAGGUCGCAGAGGGAGAGGAGAACGAGCAAAUCGAUGGAGAGCUCGUGAUCUCCAUCGAGAAGUUGCAGGAGAUCCAAGACGAACUCGAGAAGGUUAAUGAAGAAGCCAGUGACAAAGUUCUGGAGGUUGAGCAGAAGUAUAAUGAGAUUCGUAGGCCUGUGUACAAGAGAAGGAAUGAGAUUAUUCAAUCUAUUCCGGACUUUUGGUUGACUGCGUUCCUUAGUCAUCCUGCACUUGGAGAUCUCUUGACUGAGGAAGAUCAAAAGAUUUUCAAGCACUUGAUUUCCUUAGAUGUGGAGGAUUCAAAGGAUGUGAAGUCAGGCUAUACCAUUACUUUUAACUUCUCUGCUAACCCUUAUUUUGAAGAAACAAAACUUGAAAAGACAUACAUUUUUGAUGAUGAAGGAACACCCAACAUAACUGGAACAAAAAUUACAUGGAAGGAGGACAUUAAGAGUAUCCCCAAUGGUGUGGAACAUGAGAAGGGGUCCAAACGGCCUUUAACUGAAGAAAGUUUCUUCAGCUGGUUCGGAGAGAUGCAUGAUAAAAGCUUUUUAGAAGGAGUUUUUGAUGAGGUAGGAGAGCUAAUAAAAGAAGAUCUAUGGCCCAACCCUUUGAGGUAUUUCAAUAAUGAAGCUGAUGAGGAGUUCGAUGGAGACAUUGAUGAGGUAAAUGAUGAGAAUCUUAAUAAGGAUAGUGAUGACGAUGAGAACGAUGAUGACGAUGAUGAUGAAGAAUAAUCGAGAAACAUUUCAUUCAAGGACUGUACUCUCCAUAGCUAAUCUACUCUGUUCAAAUUCUGGCAAAGUAUAAUGUAAGUUAAAAGUUCCAAGGAGUUUCGGUGUUGGCUUCAGUUUUUGCCACAUUUUCACUGGGAAAUGAAAAGGGUCAUUUCACGGAGAAACUUUAUUUGGCCUUCUGGUCUUGUAGAGAAUUGAGGAUUGCCUUCUGUUUUGUUUUGUUUUCCCCCGCUUUUUUCCUUUUUCCUUUUUCGCAAGGCUCCGUAUUCAUUAAGCGUCAGCUUUCCUUAUUUUGGACCAUGUUCUGUAAUCCCCACUUUAAUUUAUAGCAUUUUAAAUGAGAGUCGUUUGUGUUAAUUUCA